AUGGAUAUGGAUGAUAAACGUGAGAUACAUUCCCCAUAUUUGUCAGAUCGGCAAAUAACAGAACUCCACAAGUCAAUUCUGCAAUAUUUGAUUUCAAAAGUGUUUUCCUCAUCAAGCGAAGGUUCCCAAACUGAUGACGAAGUGGCUGCAAUCAAGGAUGAAAAAUCACAAAACAAGUUUCUUGAAAUUCUUAUCCGGCGUCUAACGGGGUUCAACGGCUUGGAGGAAUUCCAAAAAAACGCUGCCAGUACCAUUCCAGAGAACUUUUUGGAAAAAAAGUGGUCUGCAGUUCUCAAUCUUCAAAAGAGGGUGUUUGAGCUUGAGAAAGAGCUCGAGAGUCAAAAGAAAAUUGUAAAUGAAUACGAUACGUUCUUAGAGGAAAGCGAGUCAGAGAUGGCCGGAGGAUUGAAACGCAUGAAGAUAAGCAAAUACAAUUGGAUGCCAAGAGCAGUUCGUACUACGCUACGAUACCAUCACGAUUCAGUCACAAGUAUUGCGAUACAUCCAUUCAAUCCGAUUCUUGCCACUGCAGGCCAGGAUGGCAGUAUUGCAAUAUGGAAUCUGUUAGAUCUGUCGGAGCCGGAAAAGGUGAUCAGAAAUGCGCAUUCUCGUGCAAUCAACUGUUUGUGUUUCCAGCCAAUGAGUCGCAGUAAGAAUGCAAAAGCCACAGCAAAGAAGCCCAUACUUCUAGCAUCAGCAUCCUCCGACUUGCUCAUAAAGUUGUGGAAUCUACGAUCCGAAACGUUCAACGUUCCUGUAAGCACACUUUCAAGUCAUGAUCAUCUUGUUUCUGGCAUCCAGUUCAGCCGAACUGACACUUCCCAGCUUGUCAGUUGCUCACGUGACAAGACGAUCAAGAUUUGGGACGUCAGUUCUGGGUGGUGCACGAAAACAAUUCGUGGUCACUCGGAUUGGGUCCGAAAUGUUGAUUUAUGCUCUUCUGUCGAAGAUGGCGAUUUCAUUUUGAGCUGCUCGAACGAUCAGUCUAUCCGAUUAACGCACCUUGACUCGGGAAAUGGUGUAGGUUUGUGCAUUGGCCACACGCAAGUUGUUGAGGAUGCAAUAUUCAUUCCUGAUGGCCGAGAGCUCGAUCUGGCUGAUGAUUCUUCCGAUAUCGAUAAUAAUGUUUACCGUAGGCUCGGAUACAAGUACUGUGCAAGCUGCGGACGAGAUAACAUGAUCAAGAUAUGGCGUUUACCCUUGCCUGAUAUGUCUUCGGGAACUCCAAGACCAGCCGCUAAUCCUCAAGGCAAGCUUUUAUUUGAGAUUGAAGGGCACACCACCUGGGUCCGGAGACUGGUAACACAUCCAAACGGCAAGUAUCUCGUUAGCUGCUCGGAUGAUAAAACGAUAAAAUUCUGGGAUCUUCACAAAAUCGCAGUUGCAUGCAAAGAGAAUAUUCCUGCCGUUUCUCCUUCAGCAGUGCUUAAGGAUCACGACAGUUUUGUGAAUGUUAUUGCAUUUGCGGACCCUGUUCUUCCCCAAAAAUACUACGAAUACUUACAUGGCAACGAUGACAAGGAUAGGCUAAAGGCGAAAAGAUUACUUGAGCAAGGAAUGCGCUGCUAUUUGGUGAGUGGAUCUUCAGACAGCACUGCCAAAGUUUGGGUUUGA